GGACACCAGCCAUUUUCCCUUUAAAAGUGUCCCUCACUUCCAUUGUGUGAACCCAGUAAAUAGUGUCAAGAACAGCGCAAAGAAGACCCUCUUCGGAUUGUUUCCAUUUUUGACGCCUGAACUCUACAAGACGCCAUGGCCCGUACCAAGCAGACUGCCCGUAAAUCCACAGGAGGUAAGGCCCCUCGUAAGCAGCUGGCCACUAAAGCUGCCCGCAAGAGCGCCCCUUCCACUGGCGGAGUCAAGAAACCCCAUCGCUACAGGCCUGGAACCGUGGCUCUGCGUGAGAUCCGUCGGUACCAGAAGUCCACUGAGCUGCUGAUCCGCAAGCUGCCCUUCCAGCGCCUGGUGAGGGAGAUCGCCCAGGACUUCAAGACAGACCUGCGCUUCCAGAGCGCCGCCAUUGGAGCUCUGCAGGAGGCCAGCGAGGCAUACCUGGUGGGUCUGUUUGAGGACACCAACCUGUGUGCCAUCCAUGCCAAGCGUGUCACCAUCAUGCCCAAAGACAUUCAGCUGGCACGCCGCAUCCGCGGAGAGCGUGAACACAAGAAGAAGCAUCCUGAGGCAUCUGUCAAUUUUGCAGAAUUCUCCAAGAAGUGCUCUGAGCGAUGGAAGACUAUGUCAGCCAAAGAGAAGGGUAAGUUUGAGGACAUGGCCAAACAAGACAAGGUGCGCUAUGAGAGGGAGAUGAAGAACUACAUCCCACCCAGAGGAGAGAAGAAGAGGAGGUUCAAAGACCCCAAUGCCCCCAAAAGGCCCCCGUCGGCGUUCUUUAUUUUCUGCUCCGAUUAUCGGCCCAAAGUCAAAGCCGAAACCCCUGGUCUGUCCAUUGGAGACGUGGCCAAGAGGUUGGGCGAAAUGUGGAACAAGCAGUCGUCUGAGGACAAGCAACCAUAUGAGAAGAAGGCAGCCAAGCUGAAGGAGAAGUAUGAGAAGGUAUUGCUGCGUAUCGGCAAGACACGAGACGCCAUGGCCCGUACCAAGCAGACUGCCCGUAAAUCUACAGGAGGUAAGGCCCCUCGUAAGCAGCUGGCCACUAAAGCUGCCCGCAAGAGCGCCCCUUCCACCGGUGGUGUCAAGAAACCCCAUCGCUACAGGCCUGGAACCGUGGCUCUGCGUGAGAUCCGUCGGUACCAGAAGUCCACUGAGCUGCUGAUCCGCAAGCUGCCCUUCCAGCGCCUGGUGAGGGAGAUCGCCCAGGACUUCAAGACAGACCUGCGCUUCCAGAGCGCCGCCAUCGGAGCUCUGCAGGAGGCCAGCGAGGCAUACCUGGUGGGUCUGUUUGAGGACACCAACCUGUGUGCCAUCCAUGCCAAGCGUGUCACCAUCAUGCCCAAAGACAUCCAGCUGGCACGCCGCAUCCGCGGAGAGCGUGCUUAAACUACCACCUCCCCCCUCUAUCCUCCUUUCUCUCUUUCAUCUUCCUCUCUGACCAAUUCACCCCCCAGCACCCCCACCCCUGUUCUCCUACCUUGCCCUACCCCAACCCACCUCUCUCUCUCUUUUUGUAGUUGUAGUGUUAAACGGUGAUUAUGACAAGAAUAAAGUGUGUAGUUGUGUCUCUUUCUCUAUCUCUAUCUCUCUCUUUCUCUCAUUGUGCUCUUGGCAGCGGAAUUUUCCGGUACUCUUUUGUGCAUGUACCAGUGUGGUGCUGAUGAGGUUCACACACACACACACACACACACACACACACACACACACACACACACACACACACACACACACACACACACACACACACACACACACACACACACUAUGCACUGAUGUUUGCUACAGUGGAUAUCUACAGGUAUAGCAGCAGGGCAGUUGGGGUAAUGUCAUGGUGUGUUUGUGCAAACACCAAGGGAAACGUUGCAAGAACACUUGCAAGGAUUCGUUAGAUGCCGUCUUGGUGCAUGUGCAGCCUUGGUGCACAGCAAGUUUUGCAGUGUUAUUCCAACCCUUAGAGAGUCGAAUUGAAUACUCCCAGUGUUCAUCCUGCUCUCUAGUGUUAACUGAACAUUGCAGCAUUUACUGUGUGCGUGUCGGGUCUUCCCAUCGUCUGCAGAGAGCCAGACUAUAGUCAUGGCCUCUGUCAACUGUUGUACCAGACCAUCUGAGACGUUUUUGGCAUCAAGUGUAUGUGUGUUUGUGUGUGUGUGUGUGUCUGUGUGACUGUUUCCAUCAGCUCAACCUAACUGUAUAAGGAGCAUCUUUUGAGCGACAUGUUUAUUUUAUUGCAAUAUUGACAAUUACUGUUGUUAUCACAUUGGUGUCUGUUUUAUUUUCUUUUUUUGAUAUGCAUUACACAUGCUCUUUUCAUAAUACUCUAAAUAUUUGUAAAAGAAAGAGGUGGAGCAAAUCUCUCGAAAAGAAAAUACAAUUUUUUACAGAUUUUUUUGAAAAACGAAUAAAGGAAAAAAAACAUCAAAAAUAUCAGUCAUCUUUAUUUUCCAAAACAAUUUUGAAAUAAUCUUGGCUAUUAAAAAGGGAUGUUUCAUUGCUAUGUUCCCUGGUGAAUUUGACACAUUUUUCCCUCUUAUCCUCUCUUUCCAAUCACGAAUUUGGUGGUGAAAUAAUAAUUUGUUAUUGCCAAAUCAAGUCAUCCACCCUGCAAAUGCUUGUGAAAAAGGCAGUGUGUGCGCUUCAGUUCUGUUCUCCAUACCCAGUCUGUGUCAUUUUUAGUCAGAUGGAGUUUGGCAUAAUGUGAUGUGUAGGAAUAUAGAAAAUGUACAGGCCAACGUGAUUCAUUGAUGCUUUUAGCUUGAGCAUAGAGAAAGCACUCAUACUGAAAAAGACCUCCUGUGAUGUAUGACGUCAUGUGAUGACUUUUUCAGUGUUAGUGCUUUCUCUGUGCUCAAGCUAAUGGCAUUAAUGAUCACAUUGACCUGUACAUUUUACAUUUUCUAUAUUCCUACAGGUGCUGUGUCCUGCUUAGCUAGCUGGAAGAUGGCACUGUAUUCUGUUUGUGUAGCUGACUUUGGUCAGUUGGUGUUGGGACAAUUGUUACACGUAGAUGUCAGAUCAAACACCUUCAUCCACCCGUGUGUCCCUCUUGCACUCUUAUUUUUUUUUGACUAUAUAUCCUGAUUUUCUCAGGUGGAUAUGACCUUUUAUCUUAAUAGCUGGUAUUUUAUCUGAUUUUGAAUUUUCAUCUUUUUUUGGUUUUGUUUGGGGAAAUGUUCAGAUGUUUUAAAUAAAGCAGAUAUUUGUUCAUUCAAAUAAUCUCAUAAAAAACAAUCGAUAAAUAAAUGGAUGUCACACAGA